AUGGACCCUAAUAUUCUUAACUUUUUCGCGGUACCCAAUAACCAGACACUGAACAAUGUUGAUCAAAGCAACCAGUCAUCUCAGCAACAGCAUGAACCAUCACCAUGGGGGUCAGCAGAUUUAGAGAGUGGCAUGGGCGCAUCCCGCAAUCAAGGAGCAUCAUCUUUCGGUUUCCAGCCAACAUCUACCUCUGACAUCUCUUUCACCCAGCCACCCAUGCAAUCGACUUACACCGGCCCAAACAACUCCAUACUACCUAAUAGGGGACACCCCAGGAACAACCCACAACAACGAAGACGAGAUGGACAUGCACAUGAUAGAAAGCGCACCAAGGUCGAUACCGAUUCUGCGUUGGAAUCUCUGGACUACUGGAUCCGAUUUGAUGAUGAAGAAGCCGAGAAGGCAGGAAGUUACGAAAUUGACUUUUCAAAGCGUUAUGACCCCAUGAGCAAUGCCAACACUCACUACCGUCCCGGAUAUGGAUCGAGCUCGAAUACGCCAGGUCUUGGUACUGGAGUUUACGCAAACUCUCUCCCUUUUCAGGGUGCCGAGUAUUUUGACGACAACGCUCUAGACAACGCCCUGUCUGAUGAAGAAGAGGAAGGAAUUGACUCGAUGAGCUUGGAAGAGCAUUUGUCAAAAAUCGAGACCAUGCCACCACCAGAAGUGCCACCUCGAGAGGGUCUUUACUCAACACCACUCAGCUGGGAAAAGCCGGAGCCUGGCAUUCGAAUGGAACCGGAUUUUGGAAUGGGCGGUACCCAAGGAGCCAUGAACUUGGGCUUCGGGCAAGCCAUGUCUGGCAUGGGCAAUAACCAGGUUCUAAGCAAUGAAGAACAACGGAGACUUCUUGCUAUCGCAAUGAAUACUGGCCGAACAUCAUCUAGCUUUAUGCCAGCUACUGGAUUCGGUUUGGGAUUUGGUGCUGGUCUUGGUACAGGAAUGUCCGACUUUAACAGCAACAUCGAGUCACUAUUGGGUACACCGACUGGAGACCGCAGUCAGAAGCAGACACCCACACCUACCAAUAGUUCAAAGGUACCUUCUCGAAAACAGGAUAUUAAGACGGAGAAUUCGAGCGAGACUGGUCUCAGCUCGACUAGACCAGGACUAUCACGCACAAGCACCGCCACGUCCGAUGUCAAAGGCAAAGAGAAGCUUAAGCUUGGGGACCGGACAGCCCAUAACGACAUUGAGCGAAAGUAUCGAACGAAUCUCAAAGACAAGAUCGCCGAGCUUCGCGAUGCUGUACCAGCCCUCCACUCAAUACCAGAGGAUGGAGACAAUAACGAGGCUGAAGGAGACUCACAACGAGCGCCCAAAGUGAGCAAGGGCACUGUUUUAACAAAGGCAACAGAAUAUAUCCAGCAUUUAGAAAGGCGGAAUAGGGCUAUCAUGAAGGAACAUCAAGAGUUGGCCCGGCGCCUUCAGGCAUUUGAACAGCUUCUCAGCGCCUCGGCUCGACAGCCGUUCUUGAUGCCAAACCACAGCCGAACGCUCUUUGAUCCGAGAGGUUUCUGCUAG